AACAACAGUAUUGGGAGUCCAGGAAAUGCUGACAGAAGGAAAAAACGCUGACGGUGUGAUCGAGGAAAGCCAAAAAAAGAGAGAAAAAAAGAAAAUAUUACACUUAAAGGUCCUCUCUCUCUCUCUCUCUCUCUCUCUCUCUCUCUCUCUCUCUCUCUCUCUCUCUCUCUCUCUCUCUGUCUGAAGGCCAGCUGAGGAAGCCCGCCAGUGUCACGUUUGUCACAAGAAAGAAUGAAAGGAAAAAACAUUUAGCACAGAGCACGUGACUGGGAGAAGGAAAAGCGAAGGGGUGUGUCUGGGGAAGCGGUGGCAGUGGUGGUGGUGGUGGUGGUCGUGGUGGUGGUCGUGGUGGUGGUGGUGGGCUGUGUGUUCUUUCUGGCCGAUUUGGAACACGUCCCGGGCAGUGUUCCAGCGACCAACAGAUGUGGCGGUGGUGAACACAACACAGCGCAGCGCAGCACAGCACAGUGGCCAUGACAACCUGCACCUUUACUUGCCAGCGCCCAGCCCCUGCCGGCGGCGGGACGGCGUGCUAGAGGCGCGGCGUCCCCCAGCCUGCCCCGCGCGGAGGCUCAGGCGGAGGUGGGUGUGGUGAUGGUGUUGUGGAAGCGGCGGGCGACGGCGUGGGCGGCUGGCGGCGGGUCUGCGUUGUGGAGGUGGUGGUAGGGGCAGCGCGCAAUGGCCUCUCCCCGCCCCGCGGGACCCCCUCCCCCGACAUCCGCCCUCUAGAGCAGUGCCGCGUCCCAGGGGAAGCACGCCCCCCUCACGCCCACGUUCGAGGGUCACUCACGCCCCAGACAUGCUCCCACCCACACCGGGGGCCCCCACGCUAAGACUAAGCUCCCCUACCACCCCACCCCUCACUCUCGCCCCCCCCGACGCCCCACACCACCCCAGAUAACCCCAGUGGCUCAUGUGCCGGCGAGUCCCCGCCAGGUAGGCGCCAUGUGAUAGCCCCUCCACCCUUCCUCUCUCUCUUUCUCUCUCUUCUCUUUCUUCCUUUCCUUCCCCUUUCCCUCCCCUCUUCCUUCUCUCUCUCUCACCCCCUGUCUGUCCCCUCCCCGGAUCGCCCGCGCCCCCGCGAGUCAUGGUGGGCGGCGCCGUGAUCGGUGAUGAUGUCCCCGGGGAUGAAGUGCAACUGGGCUCCAUCCCGCUGCUGGAGACGCCCCCCGGGGAGCAGUCGGCCCCGUCCCCGCGCCUGCUUGGCUAUGGGGCGGGCGGGGCGGGAUACGGCACGGGCUACCCGCCCCACUACAGUGGGAGUGAGAUGGUGAUGAUGGCGGGCGGUGCUCACGUGGGCAUCGAAAACCUGUCCCAGGCGGCGGUGAUCCUGGUGAUCGGCGUGGCCAUCAUCAUCUCCAACAUCAUCAUCCUGGCCACCUUCAUCACCAUGCCAGGCCCGAAGGACGUCAUAAUGUACUACCUAAUGUCGCUGGGAGUGUCUGACCUGGUGGCGGGCGUGGUGGUGGUGCCGCUAAGCGUGUAUCCGGCCCUGGUGCAGCGCUGGGUCUACGGGGACAUGGUCUGCGGUCUGGCUGGCUACCUCGAAACCACCCUUUGGUUCGCGCAACUUUACACCUUCAUGUGGAUUAGCGUGGACCGAUACCUGGCCAUCCGCAAACCGCUCAGGUACGAGACAGUGCAGACGAAGACGCGGUGCCAGUGCUGGGUGGUGUUCACGUGGGUCACCUCCAUGAUGCUGUGCUGCCCGCCGCUGCUCGGUUUCAACAACUCCUCUCACUGGGACGGCGAGGCGUACGUUUGCUGGCUGGACUGGGGCAGCAUGAUCGCCUACGCCAUCACGCUGGUGCCCAUGGUGCUGGGGCCCACGCUCAUCACGCUCUUCUACACCUACGGCUACAUCUUCAACACCAUGCGGCGCCUCAAGACCUGCGUGGUGGGGCAGGACAAGGAGUUUGUGACGGCGCUCACCUCCAACCUGGCCAAUCCAGACCACGCCAUGUCCUUCGUGCUGGUGGUGGCCUUUUGGUUGUCCUGGGGCCCCUGCGUCGGCGUGCGCACUUACGAGUACCUUUCUGGCACCCACAUCGAAGUGCGGUUCCUCCACUUCGCCGUGUUCUGGCUGGGCGCCAUGAACUCCUGCUGGAAGUCAGUGAUCUAUGUGGCCAUGAGCCCAAAGUUCCGGCGUGGCCUCAAGCUGUUCUGUCUCUCGCUGUGCUGCCAGAGAAAGGCGCGCAAUGCCGAGCUCAUCCUAGACUACUGAUCCUUUUUGUGCCGGCGCGUUCCCGUAACUUCUUCCAUGUAUAGUGCAUAGUGAAGGUGCAGCCAGUGUGUGUGCUGAACGAUAUAAAGUGCUUAAUGCUCAAUGCUCUCACACUCCCUCCCCCCGCCCCGCCCUAUGCAGCAGCACCAACAGCAGGAGGAGCAGCAGGAGGAGGAGGAGGAGGUGGAGGACGCAGGGUGUGGAGGGAGGACGUCAUCAAAAUGCUAAGACAGGGACUCCUUUUUUGUACCACCACCAUGUGACAAUCGUGAGGUGUUUGUGCGUGUGUGUGUGUGUCUCUCCGUGUAGCAGGGAGCCCAGGCCGCCCGUGGUGCGUGGGCGAACCCCACCCACCGCGGCGCCGGACAUCAUCCUAGCCGUGUCGUCUAAUCAUUGUUCGUCUUCAUGGAAUGUUAUAUUGUGAUAGGACUCAACCAUAUCAAUGUUUACACAUUACAGAAAUAAUAAUAAUAAUAAUAAUAAUAAUAAUAAUAAUAAUAAUAAUAAUAAUAAUACUACCUAGCGAACUUUGGCAUGAAGAUCAAGUACUAAGUCUGUCUUUUUUAGAGAUGUUGUUGAACGAGUUCAUUUUAUUUUGUGACACUGAUCCUCUCCUCUAACGCUAAUAACUCUACGUGUGUAAUGAAGUAGUGUUUCAACGUGUGCUAGACGUGUCCCGAGAAGUAGAUUACAGGAGUUGCUGGCUUCAAGUACAAUUUGUUACAGUGGAGUGUACUAAAGGUUGUUGUUGACUCAUACGUCUUACAAAUAGUGGAGUGGGUGAGCGCAGGCGCGGCACUGUCAGGGAGGUGGCGAGCCUGUGGGAGUCUGACGCGACGGGCGGGGCUGACCUCACGCGGGAAGGCGAGAGAAAGAAAAGGGAACGUGUCGAGGCGAACAAAAUAGUACUUCCGCUACCUAACGCGUCAUUAGUUGGCUUCUCAUGACAGACUAAAAAAAUAUAUAUAUAUACAUACUAAAAAAAAAAAGUACAUAUACGUAUAUACUGUAUAACAACCUAUUUCACUAAACGUAACACGCUGGCUUGCCACGAUUUCUGUUCUACGCUAGACUUGUACAAAAAAUAACAACAAAUUUUAGCCACGUUCACUUUCUCCCAAAUUCCUGACAGCUUACGGUUCAGUCUUGCUCGCAACACACUCAGCCCGCACCGGGGACACGGAGAAACAGGUGCGUGCGUGUGUGCGUGAGUGCGUGCGUGGAUGAGUGCGAAUACAGGUGCAAAAGGACUAAUAACCUUAAAAACACCUGCACCACUACCACCACCACCACCACCACUUGCUCCUGCAGCUGGCCUCGUCUCAGUGCUGCUUCGAGACUGACGAUUCGAAGCAGCGAGACGGAAAGACGAAACGAAUCGAGGCAACUACAAAAAACGAGCGAGUGAGAGGAUUUGCCGGGCUGAGUGGAGCCCUUAGGAAGAAUUGGAGUAGACUGGAUGCUUUUAGUGGACUUUUUGGAGUGAUGGGAACUUUUUUUCAGCGUAGUGGGCGUGAUGAGGUACCGUGAAAGGGACAGUUGUGGGCGGUAUAGCGAGGAAGGGACCUUAUAAAGCGUUAUCAAGAUUUAUAGCGUGAUGGUCUAGGAAAGGACUGGACGAGAGGGAGACAGAGGGUAGGAUGAAAGGGAGAGGGAAAGGGAUGAGAGGAAAACAUGCACUAUAGCUCGAGUAGAAGGAAGAAGAAGAGGGAGAAUAGGAGUUAAAUAUCCUAGUAAGUGUAAGAAAGAAACAGCGAAAGCGAUGAAGGGAGACUGUUGAAGAACUGAACAUUUUAGUGCAUAAAUGAGGAGUCUUAAAGAGAGGGAAUUAGAAAGGGGAGAAGGAGAAGAGGUACUUUACUGUAGAUGUGAAGCGACAAGAGCUAAACGAGCGGUAGCAGAUGUAGAGAAAGCCUGGUGGUGGAUAGAAGAGAGAGAACGUCAAGUUAGGAUUCAUUGAUGUAUGUGAAGGAUGUGGGAGAGAGAGAGAGAAUGAGGAGGAAAGGGCAGGAGUUACAGAUAAGGAAAGGUGAAGGAUGAAAACCAAGUAGAUUAUGUAGUUUUUGUUCUUUUAAGGAAAGCGAAGAAAGAAAAUAUGAAAUAACGGAAGAGGCUAAAAACGAUAUGAGUUAAAAGGUGGAGAAACUAAGAGAAAGGGAGGAUAAUUAAAGAUAAUAAGAUGUUACUGUUGUUGUCUGUCAAUCUGUUUGUCCGUGUUAUCGGUGGUGAUGCGUGAGCACUAUGGACAAAAGGAGGGCUGUAAUAACCUGAUGCUAAUAAUGAUUCACACCAGUCGCCUCCACCACCACCAUCACCACCACCAAUCUCUAGGCAGCUAAAGCUUGAAGCGAGAAAACAACACCAUUAAUAAUAAUAAUAAUAAUAAUAAUAAUAAUAAUAAUAAUAAUAAUAAUAAUAAUAAUAAUCGUAAUUGUAACAACCAAGGGUUUGUUUUACAUCGAGUGACUUUGUGUCCGUCAUUUUCCCGUUUUCCUUUCUCGCUCGUUUUUCUUUCCACCGUCUCCGCUUCGUGAGUACAUUUUCUUUUCCUUUCCCGCGGUUCAUUUCCCUUCGAUACGUUUUCUCCGUUAUUAUUACUACGUGUGCGUUUUUGUAGAGUACAUCUGCAGCUAGGUUAAGUAAGGGACCCUCUCCUCCCCACGGCGUCACAGCGGGGGAGGGAGAGAUGUUUGUUCGUUACGAAUGUGUUACGGAUGAUUGUUACCAUGCUCCCGUGUUCCUUGUGGCAGCCCGCGGGAUGUUAUGUGGAUCUGUGUGACGCCACACGCGCGUGUGGGAAGGAACGGGGACAAAUUCUCCCUCUCAUUCUCCCCUCAAAUAGAGAUAUAAAGAAAAAAUGUAAUAAUUGUUUUCUGGAGGGAGAAGAAUAUAGGAGGGAGAGGAGGAGGAGGAGGAAGAGGAAGGUAUAAAGAGGCAAAAACAUGACAACACUGCAGCGAUGGAAAGAAUGAAUGGCAGAGUUGAUAUAUUUUCUUAAUUUUCCUGAGAAUCAAAGCAUUUCAUUAGUCGGCGGUUGUGUGAGGGAGGAGGAGGAGAAGCAGGACUCGAGGUUGGCAGCGGCCCCUCGACGGCGACUGCUUCUUGUCACUAAGGCAGUUCAGGGUUUUAGUUGUAAGUGUUUCCUUCCUCGUCUUUUAGAAGAAGCUCAGGUGCGACGGUCAGACUCUAGUACUAAUUAAAGACAGGUGAAGGAAAGUAAUUUUUUAUUAUGAAGGAAAUGAAGCACUGAAUGAAGCACUAGGUUGGCCGGCGUCCCGUUCCAAGGAAAUAAUGAUAAACAAAAUUAUGCAAUGCUUCGAGUCGCCACAUUGAGAUGAAAAAGAGUAAUUUGAACUCUCAAUGGGAACAUGAUUCAUAAAUGAGUCUAACUUCACAGUCGUUCAUCCUUUUCAUGGCCAAGCCAAACGAAAACAGAAAGUGUGAAGGUAAAAAAAGAUAUCGCUCUGACUGCUCUGAUAAGACACAAUUUUAUCUUCACGAGUUUUGUCCGAAGAUCAAGAUUCUAAACCCGGCGAAGUAUAACGAAAUGGCUCUUGAUCUUUAACUUUCGGAGCGUGGCGCCUGGCGGUGCUGCGCGGCGACCCGUGAGUGUGAAGCGGCCUGCUGGUGCCUACAGCGUUUCAAGUUAUUUGGAGACUCGUAAAGUGUAGCCCGUGGGAUCACCUAACUUUCCAAGCCGUGAAAUAAUUUCUAUGCACUUCUGGAAUCAGCGCGUCCACUCACAUCAAGAGUUAAGCUUUGUGUGAGCGGCACCUCGUUAGCGCCGCCCAGCCGUCACCGGAGCUCGUGAAGAUGUUUGUGUCUGACGAGCAGGUGCACAUGUGUCACAGCCGAAUAAUCUAGGUAUGGGAAGAAAAGCUUAGUUGUUCACAAUACUAUAUCGAAGAAAUUAUACUUAAAAAAAACGCAACUUUUUGUGAACGUUAUUUUGGAAUACCUUGAUAAAUCAAAUAUACAAAAGUAGAAAUAAGAUGAGUAACGACGCACCAUAACAUAUGAACAAAUCGAAAUCAGAAAAAGUACUUUGUAAUAAUCUGAAAUAGAAAACUGAACUCACGAGAUAUAGGGAAAUUUUCAACCAGUAUUCACCCUAGGAGAGAAGGCGAGGCGAGAAGCAAGCGUUUCAUAGGCAGAGACGCCGCCUAGCCAUCCAUGCUGUCUCUCUCCAUCGCGGGAACACUCGCAGCUGAGGAGAGAAGGAAGCAAGGAUGAUGACCGUAAUAACACGGAGAAGGUGCGUCACGGCUUAACUUAAUAUUCAGUGUGGGACGGGACAGGGCAGGGCGAGGUGAGGCGAGGCUACAACGCAAUUUGAAAAGAAAAAAUAAGAGUGAUCGCCAUUCUUGUUCUUAAUUAUUAUCAUUCACCGAUACUUCUCCGAUCAAUUGUCAUAGUGAACUCAGAAAAAAACAGCAUUCAAGUUAAUACGAAGUGAUGCAUAUCGUAUUUACGAAAAGAAUUAUAUUUAUACAAAAACGAAAGGAAAUCACAUAAGUAUACAUACAUCUAUUUUGAUAAAGGAGAGUGAUUAAUAAGGGAAAAAUUAUUAUAAUGCUUGGAAAUUGUUAUGAAGGUGACAGACGUGCGGAAGGUGAACGGUUCAAUCACGGAACUUAAGAUUGAGAAAAGGCAAUCUUCAAUCUUGACUUGUGCUGGCGCGGAAGAAGCCACAGCAAGCAAAGACCGCUGCUUAUUGUAUAUUUCACACCAUAACGCUUCUCUCACACUCGAAAAUAUCCAUACAUCUCUAUUUUUUUACACUGCCUCCUAUCUCAAUUGAGGCCUGUACCGAAUUAAUAUUUCCUUUCAAAGCGGGGCGGGACGGGGAAGGCGGAGUGGGUUAGUGAGGGGCAGACGCCGUGUUAGUGUUUUCCAUCGCUUUAUGUCAGUCAGUCAGCCUCGGCGCCGCUUCAGCUCAGUCAGGAGGGACGUGGACGCCGCCGCCGCUGAGAUAACAGAAUGCACUAGAUGUAGGCUUUGGUAGGGCGGUCGGUCGCGUGUCGCCGGCGAGUCUGCGUCGGCUGCACCUACUCUUGCUUCGAGCCGCUGCUGUGUUGUAGCAUAGCAUAGCCACGCCACUCGGACAGGCCUCGCGCACCCGCCGAUGCUUCCACUGUUCCUCUGCGGCUUCAUGCGUGUGAAAAUGGACUCACUUCUCUUGUAAGAUCAUUAUGGCACCGACUAGGGAUACGAAGAGAAUACUCAUUGCACCUCACCUGGCGCCAUUAUGACUUCGUGGUUUUGGCGCCGUCAUUCAAUCACGCACGCUUUGACAACAGACGGCGGGUCCGCAACGUGUAAGAUCACUGCGAACGCUCCUAGUCAUCAGCUCACCAGCCAUGCUUGUGUCCUAGGUUGUCAUUCCCUUUUGCCUAACUACCUACGGCUACUUCCUGAACAACCAGACUCACUGAUACUCAUUUAAGAACACGAAUAUCAGCUAUUACGGGACUUUCGGGAGAGAAUAGCUUAGCAAAGCCUCACUCUUCCUCCUGAACUUUGUCUCAUUAAAAGUUCACUUAAAAGCAUAGGAAUUAACUUACGAGAGACUUUCAGGAGAGACAUAGACCUAGAAAAGUCUGAUUCUUACUCCUGAACUUUGUCUCACGCAAUACUUAUACUUCAAAACACGGAAAGUAACUUUAGAGGGACUUUCAGGAGAUAGAAGCCUAGGAGAUCCUUCCUCUCUUAUCCAUGUCACCGCUACACACCAAACACGCAUGAAGACUGCAGGGGAGGGCGCCGUGGUAGGGUGAGGGCGGGUGGUCGGGGCUCCAGCAUGAGGCGCCACACGUACAGCGAGGCAAGACAGGGGUCCACAGGCCACUCCCGCGUACAGCUGCUGCUUAUCAGACGCUUCCUCCAAAUUCCAAUGAUAAAAAAAAAUAAUGCUUAGGUCUCGUAUGCUAACAGGUCAAUCUCUCUCUCUCUCUCUCUCUCUCUCUCUCUCUCUCUCUCUCUCUCUCUCUCUCUCUCUCAGCGAAUCGCAAGGAAAGGGUGAUCCUACACUAGAAGAUGCGAAUUUAAGUAGAAGAGACAACUUCACAAUGAUGAUGAUGCAUAAUGAUGAUAAUGAUGAUAAUGAUAAUAACUAUAAUGUAACAAUAAUAAUAAUAAUAAUAAUAAUAAUAAUAAUAAUAAUAAUAAUAAUGCUCAGUGUCUGCAGUCUGGUGCUGUCACAAUAUAUAAUCUUAGUCUCUCUCUCUCUCUCUCUCUCUCUCAUAGCUACCUAGAAAACCAACAAAUAACUCGGUAACAGUGUCAUCUAGAGGCGUAGAACAAACAAUACAAUACAGUAAACAUGUUCAAUAAACAAAGGACGUCAGGAGGAGGCAGUGUUCGUACGUACGUACGUGUGUGUGUGUGUGUGUGUGUGUGUGUGUGUGUGUGUGUGUGCGCGCGCGCGCGAGCGUGUGUGUGUGUGUGUGUGUGUGUGUGUGUGUGUGUGUUACGCGCGUUCACUGUUCCGGUUUAGCGUCGUGGGUUCGGCUUGGCUUUGUCCCCGAGCGUUGUGGCGGCGCGGGCAAGUAGGUUGGCACUAACGCCACCACAGACGGUAGAAAAUACAUGAGUCUUGGUGAUGCGAUGCUAAUAAUGGUCACCUAGCUACUCAUACUAGCGCUACUUAUAAACACAAUUUAAAUAUUCAUAGAUUUCCGUCAUUACCAUUCGCGGAAACCAUCCAUGUCAUUAUUCUUUUUUUUUUUUCUGAAUCGAGGAUGCUUUGUUUCUCUCUCUCAGAAUCCGUAAAGCUUAACUGGAGCAAAUCGUAAGUAUACAUUUUUCCUUUCUUCAUGAUUCAUUAAACUUACCAGAAGGCAGUUGGUCCCUCUUGUUUAAAUUCGAGUUCACCUUUUCCUUCACUGUUUGAUGACACAGCAGCGUUCACUGGACAUAUGGAAGCGAGCAAGUUGAGAUCAAAAUCUGCCAUGACUGACAGCGGGAACAAGUUUGCCUGCAGCCAGUCAUGUCUGACGACCUUGCCUCCUUACUCAGCUCGUGUGCAGGCAAAGCUCUUCACGGCGAUCAAUAGUACUUCCGUAUUUACAGGGUUUCUAUUUUGUGAUACACCUCCAAUCUCUCGUUCAAGCCCCACCGGGACGCGGCUGCUGGGCGAUGAACAGCCUUGGCGAGCACCCCUGAUGUCAGCACGGCUGCUGCUGCUGCUCCUCCCUUGGCGGGGACCAGCAGCGGGCGGUCGUGCGGCGAACAGUUGGCAGGAAAGUCGCACGCAUUACCUCAGCCAUGCAGGACACACUCUGAUACGCAAUAUAACGUAUAAUGGAAUUAUCUGCGACGCACCAAGUGUUAAAAAUCACAUCAAAUAAAUGCUGGGAGAGAGAGAAAACAAGGCAACAGACAAAAAGGUUCACCUUGGCCAAAACAUUUCAAGUCUGCUGCAAUGUGCAGUACUUCCUUAGAGCAGCAGGACGCCCUCCCCACACCGGGAAGUGAUGGUCCGAGCUGUCUGGCUCACACCCCGGGAUCGAGGGGCGCAGCGCAGCGGUGACUGUUGGAAAGAGUCUGGAGAAGAGGAACAAAAGAGGAAGGGAGGAGGGAGGAAGUCUGUAGUCUGUACCCUAAAAGUUAACACUACCACUUUCGGGUUCCUCUUUACUGGGCGCCCCAACUCCCCGUAAAAGCUGUGGUGCAACCAGCACUCUUCUCCUUCGUAGACUUGCAAAUCUACAAACAUUACAGUGUCACCGAGACCGUGGCAGUGAAAUCUAAUAACUUUCUCAAAUCUUCCUUUUCUCUGGGUUUCCUCCUUAUUUCCUCCUGCUCCCCUGUCCAUCCUCCACCUCCUUGACGCUGAGAAUAACUUAAUUGAAUAAGUUCUUCUUUAUCUUUUUCUUUCAGUUCUUCAUUACACCUUCCGCCUCUCUCUCUAUCUCUAACCUGAAGAUCACUCUCUGACGCUGGUGAGCCAAAUAGCUCCUCGGCGCGCACACAUACGUGCCCUGACGCCGUGUAAACCAAUCAAUCAAAGUAAAGAAAUCUCCAUACGCUUGUUUUAUCAGGGUUGGCGGGCGGCGGGAGGCAGGCAGCGGGAGGGAGGGGGAGCUGCCGUGCCCUGUGUUACCGCGGUCCAUUUUUUGUGUUUUCGUGACGCAAAUCUUAGUAGACAAGAAUGUGUUGUGUAAAUAUUUCAUCAUUUUGACGAUAGGAUUAUUAUCAUCUUGUUUGUGUGUGUGUGUGUGUGUGUGUGUGUGUGUGUGUGUGUGUGUGUGUGUGUACGGAAGGAGAGGCAGUUCGAGCCAGUGUGCGAGUCAGUGAGUUAGUCCCCGUGGCGGUGCGGGGUCAAUAAAUUUAUUUCCUUAUCUUUAUUUCCCCUUGAGCUCCUUCCUUGCCCUGAUCUGCACAAUGCCAGUUUCCUCCCCGUCCAAACGCACGCAGGACAAACAGAUCUACCAAUAAACUACAAACACAGAAUUGAUUAUUUUUUGUUCUUGGCGCCAUCGGUAUGUCAUGACUAUUCUUAGCGUCAUCUGCGUGCAAGAAUCCAAAAGAAUAUUAUUAAAAAAGCAAUCCUCUCAAAGUUUAGAAUAUAGUACUUGGUGUCUUGGCAUCUGAAUCAAUUAUGGAAGCUCUACCUCGUCAAUUGAUCGCUACUUCACGUGCAGUCAGCAUUACGUGGAAUGAACGCGUGGGAUGGGAAGGCGUUAUACGUAACCAGUCUUUUCUCCCAGUGACUCCUGAUCUUGGGUUGAGAUACAAGACUAGGAUGGGAAUCAUUUAAGCCAAGGGAUGCAGUUAGUGGUGUAGGAAGGCGUAGAAUGAAGCUGCCGUGUGACUGUUGUUCUCUCUAUUCAGUACAGAGAAAUGAAAAACCACGAAUUCAUCCUACGUUUUCCUACACCACUAACUCCACCCCGUCUGCUCCUUCCCGCCGCUCAUUGCCUCGUAUUCGCUGCCUGUUCGAACCAUACAUCUUUCCUCUAUCUCAGAAUGAACUGAAUUAAGUGAAGGAGCAAGGAGGAUGAAUCUUAAACUCUCCUGUCUGACCAUGCUAUGGGAGGAAGCUGACUGCCCUUGCACUGUAUGGAGAGACGGAAAUUUAAGGUCAAGUUCCGAAGCAUCACUUAGUUGUUCAUUCUCACUCAUAGCUUGGUUCGAAAUCCCUGAACUUUGAAUUAUUCAUAUUGUGUCCAUUUGUUUGCCAGAAUGGUGAAUGAUGCAACAAAAACUUGUGUAUACUACUUAAGAAAAAAUACCGGAAUAUGAGAAGGUUUUACGUACUGCUCAAAAGUUACCGUUAGUGAUAAUGCGACACUUGUAUAACUACUUACAUCGUUCGUGUUUUUGUGUUUUGGUCGCAGAGUGUGUGUGUGUGUGUGUGUGUGUGUGUGUGUUGACGCACGCGCACGCUUCCUAUGCUCCAAAGAAAAAUAUGAUAAUAAUGGGAGGGAGGGAACCGGCAUCGUGCAAAUCCAUCGAUGUGUUCAAACGAGUCCCUAAAUCAAUUCAACCUUUGUAACAUUAAGUGCAUACGUGGUGUAAAAUAACAAACAUUUUGUUUUUCGUUGUAAUGCGAAUUUCUCUCAAAAUAAAAACCCAGUAAGCUAAUAAGGGCGUCAACAUAAUGCAAUAAGGAGAAAUCAGGAAAUAAAAAAAAAAUAACAAAAAAAUAUAUAUACUGGUAGGUGUAGCCUAAGUCAGUGCCGGGGACGAGUGUUGGGACAUCCCGGGUUCUCAGAGGGCGAGCAGAUCCAGCCCAAUCACAGCACGGCAUUCACUCACAACGACCAAUAGAAAUCAAGCUUUUUUCUCUUUUCUCUAACUACUUUAUUGUGGCUUUCUGCGUCGCCCUCUGAAAAUGGCGGGGAAGAGAAUCCUUUCUUUAUUUUACUUGAUUACCUGUACUUCCUUAGAUUCGCUGGCAACUUUGUAAUAUGGAAGAGAUUUAAAUAAAGUCAAGCAGCAAU